UUUCGAGAAGUACAAUUAGACAUACGUGAGAUGUGAUCAUUUUUUUUUAUAAAAUGUUAUUUGUGUCGGGCUGUUUUCGCAUCGGCAACGGGGAGCCGGAAAUACAGACAGUCUAUCAUACUUUUAUAACCAAUGAAUAAUUAACGUUCUAUCUAAUAUAAACAGUACAAUUGUCAAUUCAUAAUGAAUUGCAGAUCCUUGAUAAAUUUAGAUAAUUUAACUAAAUUCUUGAUACUUGAUCCUUAUUUUGGAUUUAAAACUUGUCGAAAAAAUAGUUAUUUAGAUGAAUGUCCAGAAUUAAUAAAGUCAAUUAAAUGUGUUAUUGAUACAUUCAAAAUAACAUCAGAUUUACAAAAAACUAAAGAUUUAUUAUUGAAUUUAGCCAAAAAUAAUAGAUUAUUGUAUUGGUAUUCCAUUCAAAAAGAGAAUUUACUAUCACUUAAUUUAGAAACUUAUUUAACACUUCUUCAUCCAACAUCAAUUUGCAGCAUUCAACGCUGUAAUAGAUAUAAGUUAGAUGAUUUUAAUGGAUUCAAAGUUGUUGCUGCUAGUGAUAUAAAAAAAAAUACCAUUUUACAAUGUAUGAAAGGAUACACAGCUAAAAUAAAUUUGCAAGAGGAGGAGUUUUUAAUUAAUAAUAAAUUAGAUUAUUCUGUUUUAUGGAGUUCUAGAAAUAAAUGUCAAAAGCUAAUGUUAGGUACUGCUGCAUACAUAAACCAUGAUUGUUUACCAAAUUGUGCAUAUUAUUCAAUUAGUAAACAGACUAAUCAGUAUGAAUUAACAAUUAUUACUUUACGGGAUAUUAGACAUGGUGAAGAACUUUACUGUUAUUAUGGUGAUAAUUACUUUGAUGAAAACAAUGUUAAUUGUGAAUGUGAAACUUGUUUCAGUAAAUGUCGAGAAACAUCUCAGAUCAUUCCUUACCAAUAUCAAUAUUUAUCUGAUACAAAUAAUUUAAAAAUCCAAAAAUUAUUUUUAUUAAUUAAGGUACUUGCACAAGAAGAACCUCACAGUUUGUGUAUUUUAAUACCUAGUUACAAACAGUUUGUUGCAGAAUUAUUCUUUUCUACAGAUUGCAUACUAAAAGUUCAGAAACACCAUUAUAUACAUGUAAAGUUAUCUGAAUAUGAAAAAUUAAGUUCAAAAAAUCUCAAUCUACAAAAAAUAAACAUAAUUAGUACAUUAAAUAUCGAUAAAAUUUGGCUGUUUUAUGAAAUAUUAAAAGCCAGUUUUACACUAAUUGAAAGAAUGGAAUUUUUACAAUUUGUCAUCAGCUUAUUAUUUUUUUUCAAACAGUUUUUUAAAAAAAACACAGAAAAUAUGUCGAUAUUAGAAUUUUUUACAGUAGAUUGUUCUAGGAAUCAUCAUACAUUAAAAAAAAUAGAGAUAUUUUUAAUGUUAUCAAUUUUGAGGUUCAGACAUAAGAAGACUCAGAAAACUGUUAAAUACAUUUUCAAAGAAGCUCAGAUAAAGCUCAAAAGAUGUGAUACAACCAAAGGAUUCAAUAAUAAUAGCAUAUAUUUUCCAAUGAAGAACUUGCAUACUUCAUCGGUCUCUAAAUUAUUGACAAGUAGAGAAAAAGCAAAAAUUCUGAAGGGCCAUCAAGAAAACAAUACAAAGAAAAAUCGCGAUGCUUUCUGUCCUUAUUGCUAUAAAUUUAUAGCAAAGUUUAAUGUUCAUUUAGAAUCAAAACAUUCAUCAGAAAAACAAGUGUCUUACUUUAUCAAUCUUAUCGACGAAAAGAAGCAUUUAAGAAGAAAAUUAAUAUCUGCAAUUCGCCAUGAAGGGAAUUCGAUAUUAUCUGGAAUUUUAGAUGAAAUUGUACCUGUAACUAGAUCAAGUACAUGUAGCAAAAAAACACAAUGUGUGGAUUGUAAGGGAUAUUACUCUUCAAAAACCAUAUGGAAGCAUAGAAUAACUUUUCAUAAUAUUUGUAAAUAAUUUUCUAUAAUUACAAUAAAAUAAUUUAUCAACGAG